UUCAACUGAUAAGUGGACAAAAUAGAAUUGCUCUAAAAUGGCACCAGCACUUCCCGCAACUUUUGUCGAGGGCUUUCACAGUGAAAAUUAUGUGAAAAGUAUGGAAUAUAGUCCUUUCGGAUGUACCGGAAUGAUGGUUUCAAAAGUAUCGUUGGGUUGUGGCACCUUGAGCCAAUUUUACGGCGACCUAGACGUGGAGGAUGCAGUCAAAGCAGUCGAGAUGGCGGUCAGACAAGGAAUAAACUAUAUCGACACUGCUCCCUAUUAUGGCCAAGGGCGUUCAGAAGAAGUUCUGGGCUACGCUCUUAAAAACAUUCCACGUCAGGCAUUCUAUGUGGCCACCAAAGUGGGUCGUUAUGAGCUGGACUUCGGCCGAAUGUUUGACUACAGUGCACAAAAAACGCGAGAAAGCGUGGAAAAAAGUCUGCAGCUUCUUGGUAUCGACUGUAUCGAUGUCGUUCAAAUACACGACGUAGAGUUCUCUCCCAGCCUGGAUGAAGUACUGCAAGAAACACUACCCACACUGGAAGAGCUACGGAGAGAAGGGAAGCUCAAAUUUAUCGGAGUAUCGGCCUACCCGAUGGAUAUUCUGAAAGAGUUGAUCGCAAGGGCUCCCGGUCGGUUCGAUUCUGUUCUCUGUUACAGCCGCAACACACUGAUCGAUAACUCCUUGAAGAAUUACUUGCCGUUCUUUUUGCAAAAUAAGCUGGCUGUUAUAUGUGCUUCGGGCCAUGCAAUGGGAUUGCUGACGAACGCGGGUCCUCAGCCCUGGCAUCCGGCUGACGAACAGAUGAAAGCGGUAUGCCGGGAAGCAUCGGAAUACUGCGCACAGCGAGGGAUUGAGCUUGGCAAAUUGGCAAUGUUCCACUUCGUUCAGCUGGCUGGCCCGGUGACGUUCCUCGCUGGCAUGCAAACGCAGAAGCUAGUGGAGAUCAAUUUGAACGCCUACCGCGAAGGACUUUCCGUGGAAGAGUCUGAAGCCUUGACGCAUUUAAUAAAAACUGUUUUUCCAAAAAUUCACCACAAAAACUGGGAAGGAAUCGAGGUAGAUCGAUACAGGGCUGCCAUGAAAGCAUUGACCAACAAGUAAUCACAGUAACCCAUCAAGUGAUGUGUUGGGCA